AGCUCGCGCUUCCUUCCUGCAUUGUGACGCGCACAGAGGAGGAAGAGCCACUCGUGGGCUCGCGCUUCCUCGCUACAUUGUGACGCGAGGAGUGCGCCGGAGAAGAACGCGGAAGAGGCGAUGAUAAUGAUCGGAGGGUGAGACUGCUCACAGUUUGACUGUUCUCUACCUGCGCGCAGACCGGCAUCAUGUGGCUCGUCGUGGCUCUCCUGUUGGUGUUGCCGUUCACCCUUUUUGACUUCUGGUACUUUUUGCGUGGAGCCCUGGUAUUGCUGCUUGCUUCAUUCGAAACCCCGGUGAAGGAUAUCCUGAAGGAGCAGACGGUCCGCGGUGUUGUGCUCUUCCAAGACAUAGAUUUUCUGGGCCACAUGAAUAAUUCUCGAUACUUGCGGGAGUGUGAUUUUGCCAGGUUCUCGCUGUACAUCCGCAAUGGUAUAUUCCAAGUAACAAGGAAGUUAAAAGCUAAUAUGGUGCUUGGUGCGGUAACAAUACGAUAUAGACGUUCUCUGAAUUUAUUUGAACAGUUCAAGAUUCGAUCAAGGAUUCUUUGCUGGGAUGAAAAGGCGUUCUAUGUCGAGCAGGAGUUCAUCUCCUGCAAGGACAGCUUUGUUUGUGCCACCAUGCUGUGUCGACAGCAUGUGUUGUACAGUACUCCAGAAAAGUUGCUGCAGACCCUAUGUAAGAGGAAGGUGGAAUGUCCAGAUUUUCCUGAAGAACUACAGCUGUGGAUCAAAUAUAACCUUGCCAGCAGUGCAAAGCUGAAAGCAUAAAGGAAUUUCAGCACCAGGACCAACAGCCCUGGGCAAACUAUUCAAGAACACUGGAGAUCCAUGUGAUAUUAGCAAUGGUGUGUCACUGGAAUUUAAACAUUCAGCUUGGUGCUUUAUUUUGUUUGAGCCCCUCAUCAAAUAUUUAUUUUGUGUUUCAAGGAAAUAUUUAUAAUUAUUGUUACGAGCUUUACAGUAUAAAUCAAUGGCACAAGAUAGUACAUUCCUUAGAACCUGUAAUGUUAAUAUAUUGCUCUUGUGAGAUCCUUAUUAUUGGGGAAAAAAACAAAUACACAGCUAACUUUGGGAAAUACUAUUCAUCAUCUUCUGGAUGUUUGAUGGAGAUCUUUGUCAAUGUAUAUCUUUGUCAAUGUAUAUUAAAAUAACUACAUUCGUAAGUCUUAGCUCAAAGUUCAGACUAAUCAUUUUCAUGAUGCCUGUCACAAAUAAUGUUCCAUUCCCAAAAUGUUCAUACCUGAACCAGUCUCAUUUCAAGUGAUAAGGAAGGGGUUUGCUGGCUACCUAAUUCUGGCCUGAAUAAACCACCAUGUCUGAUGCACUUUCUGAUUUAAUGUACAGGCAAACCUUUAAAUGAUCACCCAGUACUUCCAAGUAAAACAGGUGAGUGAUUGUUUCGAUGAGCAAGUCAAAUUUGUAGGACCCAGAUGUAAUUUUAAUGCACAACGUAGGUUCUCAUUGCAUUGUAUCAGACAGAGUUAGGACUAAUCAGCAACAUCUCUUAAAUGAAUCAGUGAAGAAUGCUCAAGAAAAAGAAAAGCCUUCAGUUUCCAUAUUAAAGAAAAAUGAUUUUCAGGGGCCAGCAGAAACAAGGCCAAGAUAAAAUCUGUCCUUCCUGCAGAGGUUAUCCAUUUUGAUUACAGGAGACAAUGACAUUUGUGACAGUUCAGGAUCGUGGGUACAAUUCACCAUAUGAUUUAUGGAAAACAGAAGCUAAGUUUCGUCACUAUUAACCUCAGAGGUUUAAUUAGAUUAUACCACUGCACAACAGUAAUGAAAAUAAAUAAAUUAUUUUCUUCAUCUUAUUCUAAGUGCAGCAAGAUGUCUUCCUUGUGGGUCAAGAUAGGAAUAAUGUAGAGAAGACUGCACAGGAGCCAUGAAACUGCACCAAACAACACCCAGGGUUAUUCAGUUCUUCACUUUAAUCCACCACCUCAGGUAAUCCAGGUAGUUUUAGCAAUAGCACAGAAAUACAUCACUUACAAUAAGCAUCUGAUGGAUUACUACUGAACAGAAAUUUAGCUGGGCCAUAUAAAACAUGGCAGCUACAAGAGCAGAUCAGAGAUUACGAAUCCUCAAUUCCUGAACUCCCAAUGCCUACCCGUCAUCUACAAGACAGGUUAGGAAUAUGAUGGAAUACUCUAUUUGACUGGAUAGGUAUAGCUCCAACAACACUCAAGAAGUUUAACAUCAUUAAUAACAAAUGGCCUGCUUCAUUGAUAUCCCAUCCACCACCUUCAACAUCCAGACCCUUCACCACUUAUGCUCAAUAACAGUAGUGGGUACCAUCAAUAAGAUACAAUGCACCAACUUGGCCAAGCUCCUUGGCAUCUUCCAUAACCGCAACUCAUCACUAAGAAGAAAACGGGGCCAGAGAAUGCAUGAAACUCCACAAUUAGCAAUUUCCCCUCCACAUCAUACACCAUCCUGACUUGAAAUUAUAUCGUGUUUCUUCACUGUCCUGGAUCUCUCUUUGUAACAGCACGCUGGGUGCACCUGCAGGGUUUGACUGCAGCAGUUUGAAAAAGCAGCCUGCCACUGCCACCACCAACACCUUCUGAAGAGCAAUUAGAGAUGGAAAAAUGAGUAAUGGCCUAGACAGCAAUGCCCACAACACGUACCUAAUAAGUGAGCAAAGUGAAUGGUGGGGCAAGCCAAAGAGGUGGUUCAGCCUCCGGGUUAAUGGGGCUUGGAAAAAAUUUUCAAAGGAGCGUGUUUGAGCAACCAUCACAUUUCGGUGCAGAAACUAGGCCAUUGUCGAGUUUGUUCAGUGACUGAAAAAAAACAUAGUUUUGUAAUAAUUGAAAGGACAUCUAGCCUGUCCUGUCACUAUUGGCUCUCUGCAAGAUUGGCUGAGUUCUUCCCACCCUCCUCACCUUUUCCCCAUAGUUCUGCAAAUACUCUCUCUUCAGAUGAUAAAUCAAUUUGAAAGCCAUGACUGAAUUCGCUCCUGCUGUACUCUAAGACAAUGCAUUCCAGAUCCCAACCACUUACUGUAUAAACUAAAGUUUUCCAAUAUUUUGACAUUCUGUUAAUCGGAAUAGUUAAUCUGGAUCUACACUGUUCUGGCUAUUGUGUUGUGUCUUACAGCUGGUAUGUAAGUAUACCUUUAACAGACAUGCUCUAGAUAUCAUCACUAUCACAGCAUGUGACCUGAGAGUACAAAGGUCUCAAACUCCACCUCAACUCUGGACACUUGAAGCAUGAUGUGCUGAUGGAAGCAUGCUGCUCUUUGCAAAUGAAGAGUUUAAUGUUAGCAAAGACAUGAAUCUGCCUGUGAAUGUAAUAUUUAUGUACGUUAGUGUGCUGUAAUAAAUAUCUGUUGAAUCUUUAAA